GGUGCAGACGUGAGUUGAACGCAAAGGUGGUAGAAGAAUACCGAAGAAUCAGAGAACAGUUUAGCAUCAUACAAGGCCACCUGCCACGACAUCGGGAGGACCUAAAGGAACCAGCGUUCAAAUUCUUGAAGGAUAUGUUUGGUGUUGAGCAUUUGGAACGUGUCGUGAGUGCUUGUCUUGUCCGGGUAUCUACUAGUACACGGGCCUAGAAACCACCAGGUCGGCGAUAUAACCUUCUUUGAAUGGCUGGCCUCGUCUUUGCGUAUGGGCAAAUCAACAAUCUCAGAAGGGAUCGUGCCUGGUUCACCGAAGCGAUGUGUUAAGCAACUAGUGAUGAUGUUACUUCAAGCAAUGAAAGGGGUCACGCAUGCGUUCCAGAUGCGCCAGUCGUCAAGGGUUGUGGAAAUGAUGUACAUGACAAAUCCGAUCAUGACAACCCUUGGUGCGGAGUUCCUUGCUGAUAUCAGUACUACAUUCCUUGGAGCAAAGGACAUACUUGAUGAUGUUAAGUCUGCAGACAGACGAGAAAGAAAUAACUGUGAAACUAAACAUUGCAGCAUCCAAUCGCUGGUGGACGAGAUUAUGGCUUUGCAAACGCAAUAUCAUAAAUCAAAGGAUGACGUUGAACGACUGGCUCUGGAACAAGAUAUCGUUGGCACGAUCUUACUGGCUUGCUAUUAUGGAAUAUCUUCGGAGAUCCAGCAAACAAUCAGGCAGGUUACAGAUGACGUUCUGAGAUAUGAGACAACAGACACGUCAAUGGCUUUGCCAGAGAGGAAAGAACGUCUCAAUUGUUUACAUUUCGUUGGAGACAUCUUCGAGGAUGCAUUCUCUGGCGCACCACUUGAUAACCACUUUCACUUGCGAUGGUAUGUACACCAUGAACAAUCUAAUUUGAGGUCGUCAUAUGAAGCAUCGAUUCGUGUCCAUUUUCUAAUCAAGCCCAUGGCCAACGCCAAAGCAAGGACAUCAAUGCAUAAGCUCUACCUUGCCACUCGUUCUGGAUGGGAUGUCAGAGGGACUGGCAGUAUCCAACUUGAUUCGCAAGGCUCCUUCCCGGGUGAUACGUGAAUAUUUCAUGUACGAAGGACUUGAUGUCACCGCGGCCAGGAACUGUGCGUGGCAUGCAUCAAAAUAAUACCGCUGCGUAAGUAUAGUAUUUGUCAAUGUUACUGCAAUACUACAACAAACGUUUCACCACACUUACAUACGUAUGC